CAGCCGCCGGCGGAGCCGAGCGGGUCUCCAGGUCAGCCAUGUCAUCUGAGCCACCUCCGCCGUCGCAGCCUACGGUCGGGCUGCUGGACACCCAGCGGGCCCACGAGCGCUCGCCGUCCCCCCUCCGCGGCAACGUGGUCCCCAGCCCGCUGCCCACGCGCCGGACACGGACCUUCUCUGCGACGGUGCGAGCUUCCCAGGGUCCCGUCUACAAAGGAGUCUGCAAAUGCUUCUGUCGAUCCAAGGGCCACGGCUUCAUCACCCCGGCUGAUGGCGGCCCCGACAUCUUCCUGCACAUCUCUGAUGUGGAAGGCGAGUACGUGCCGGUGGAAGGCGACGAGGUCACCUACAAGAUGUGCUCCAUCCCGCCCAAGAAUGAGAAGCUGCAGGCCGUGGAGGUGGUCAUCACCCACCUGGCGCCGGGCACCAAGCACGAGACCUGGUCUGGACACGUCGUCAGCUCCUAGGCCUCGCCGGAAGCACCUCUCCUCCGGUGCCCGGGGACUUCGGGGGCAGGAGGAGGCAGGCCAGGACUGGAGACCACAUGGUCCCUUCGGAGCGGCUCCUGGAGGAAGGGGCGCGGGGGGCAGGCAUGGGCGCGCCCGGCCACCAGGACCGCCUCUGACUGCUGCAACAACUCUCACCAUCUGGAAAACAUUAAAAGCAUUUGAAAAGGAGGUGCCAUCUGGUGGCUGAGUGGAGG